AUGCACGGUCAGGGUGUAUUUGUCGGUGCAAAUGGUGAGAAAUAUAACGGCGAAUAUGCAGACGCCAAAAUGCACGGUCACGGUGUAUUUUUUUAUGUGAAUGGUGACAAAUAUGUCGGCGAAUGGCAGAGCGGGAAAAAGAACGGUAACGGUACAUUUUUCUAUAAGAAUGGUGACAAAUAUGACGGGCAAUAUAAAUACGAUACAAAGAACGGUCAUGGUACAUUUUUCUAUGCGAAUGGUAACAGAUAUGUCGGCGAAUGGAAAGACGGAAAAAGGAACGGUAACGGUACAAUGUCCGCUGUGAGUGGUUCCAAAUAUGUCGGCGAAUGGAAAAACGAUGAUGCGAACGGUAACGGUACAUUUUACUAUAAGAAUGGAAACAGAUAUGUUGGUGAAUAUAAACAGGGUAAACUGCACGGUCGCGGCACAUAUUUUCGUGAAAAUGGCGAGAAAUAUGACGGCCAAUGGAAAAACGAUUAUGCGAACGGUAACGGUACAUUUUUCUAUGCGAAUGGUGACAGAUAUGUCGGCGAACAUAAAUAUGGUACGAAGAACGGUCAUGGCACAAUUUUCUAUGCGAAUGGUGACAAAUAUGUUGGCGAAUGGAUAAAUGGUACAAUGAACAGUCCAGGACUGGCUGUUAAAAAACAUCAAGCGUCAUUAGGGAAUAGUGAUGAACUGUUCUUAAUUGCAGAUUAUGGUUCGGCAUCCGGUGCCAAUGCAUCAAUAGCGAUGAAAUCAAUAAUUCAAGUGUUACACGAAAUAUAUUCACGUGAAAAAAUACCAUCUAUAUUGGUUGUAUUCAAUGAUUUACCGGCAAACGAUUGGAAUGAACUAUUCAAGGUGAGACAAUUGAAUGUGAAGAGAAUACCAGCAUCUUUAAAUUGUAUCUCUGUUACGGCCGUCUUCUAUAAUUUGAGGUAACGCAACAAUUCGGACAUUAUUCUUUAGCAAGUGGUAAACCAUUUUAUGAGCAAAUACUCCCGCCGAAUUCUCUUCAAUUUGCAUACACAUACACAGCUCUGCCUAACGGCUUUCAAAACUUCCCUCUACUAUAACAAAUCACUGCACGUUCUUUUAUGCUAAUGAUGCAGAAUUUGAGAAAUACAAACAACAAGCAGCAAUGGAUAAGGAACACACUCUGAAAAAUAUGGAAAUAUCUGAAUGAUAUACACUCUAAGAACAAGUGCCCUCAAUGUGCGGCUCAAUGUAGAAAUAUCGCAGAAGAGUUUCGUAAGAAAGCAUUUGUGGAUUGUGUUCUGAGCUAAGCAUACUAAGAGUAUAAUGAUAUUGUUUCUUUUGCGUACGUAUAUGUUUAGCACGCUCCCUAAGAUCAAUUUACAGUAGGCAACGAGCGUGACAUUAGGUAAAAUAUUGAAACUGUACUUAUAUAUUUCAGCGUAUGCUCUAUCCAACGGUAUAAAAUGGUUUGUUACAAGCCAUCAACACACUCGGUUUCUAAUCGAUUCAAGUAAUGCUUGAUUCGUCGCGAAGAGGAACAUUUACAUGGAUGGAACUGAAAUGUGUAGAAUAUUUGAUAGUUUUACAAAUCGCUACGAAUCACGCAUUACUUGAAUCGAUUAGUAACCGAGUGUGUUGCUGGCUUCUUAUUUUGGGUUUUUGUUUCAAUAGGUUCUCAGCUGCAAGCAAGACUCUUCAUCUUGAGAUAAAUUACACAUAUCAGAAAGAACAAUAAUAGAUGUAGCGGAGAUUUUUGUAUCAACGAACAUAAAGAUGAAUUACUCAACUAUUGUCACUAGAAUCAAUUACUGUUGUUGUAGUUGUAUUACUGUCCAAUCGUUGCGAUAAAAAUACCGUAUAAAAUUUUGAAUGAGAAGAGAAUGAAGAACAAGCAUACAGUAAAACUAAAUGCAAAAUCAACUAGACACAAACCAAUCCAUUCGUCUUUUCUUGCUCAAUACAAUGUAAAAAAUACUUU